CUCGUCUCUGCCUCGGUCCGAUACCGCUCGUCCGCGCGAUACCGGUUUAACGCAUGCCACCGUGGAAGUAUCACAGAACGCGGUGUCGAGACCAUGAAAGUGGGCGGCGUGACGUAUCGAGCAGGACCCGAAUCGUCGAGGAUGUCGCGAUCAUGCCGCGCGAUCGUCGUUGUGCUACCGUGCCUGCUGCGGGCCGUUUUCGCGGACAAUUGCACCAUCUCGUCGUACCAGUGCGGCGCGUCCCUCACGUGCCCGAGUGUCUUCGAGCGUAACAAUGUUUGCCCGUUCAGCAGAAUGCCGGGCCAACUGGAACAGAUCAACGGCAAGCGUGCCACCUUCGGCAUGGGCUGCUUCUGGGCGGGGGAUUCUCUGUUCGGUGCGCUGCCUGGCGUUAUCAGAACCUGCGUCGGUUAUGCUGGUGGCACCAAGGAAUCUCCGGCGUACAAGAACAUGGGAGAUCAUACAGAGGUCAUCGAUAUCGAAUAUGACCCAGAACUAGUGUCUUACACACAUCUGCUGAACUUGUUUUGGAAUAAUCAUGAGUACAGUCUAACGAGGAAGAUCAAGAGACAAUACAUGUCACUGAUCUUGUAUCACGACGAAGAACAAAGGUUAGUAGCUGAAAAAUCUCGCGAGCAGGAACAGCAAAAGCGUGGGGAGGUCUUUAUGACAGAAAUUAAGAAGUUUACACAAUUUUAUCCAGCUGAAGAUUACCAUCAGAAAUAUCGACUGCAGAAUCAUCCUUGGCUGAUCGAGACAAUGGGUUUCAACACACCGGAAGUCUUAUGCGCCUCCCCACUAGCAGCCAAAUUGAACGGUUACAUCGCAGGCGCCGGCAGUCUCGAACAAUUUGAAAAGGAGUUACCGAGCUUAGGAUUAAGCGAGAAAUCAGCGAAAUAUUUAACGAAGUAUAUUGUUGAGAAUCAGGGCAGUGGUUUAUACUGCUAGCAAAUCUAGUGCAAAUGGAAAGGAAAAAAAUGGUAAACGAUAUUUUCUAUACUGAUAGACGUAGGCUGGACAUACACGAUUUCUUCUCAAGAAGAGAACCGCACAUACAGCCUGAUACAUAUACUACGUAUACCGAGUAUCGCAAAUGCCUUAAAUAUUCUCGCUAACGCGGAUACAUCAAGUUGUUCAUAAUAUUUAAUGCUGCGAUUGUUAUCCGCGUUGUAACUUAUAAGGUAUACCUUUUACGAGCGCUCGAUUUUAAUUUUAAUAGGACAUUUAACUGCUGGACUUGGAGCUGGUUAACUUUUUUUUAACAAAAAUGUCGAACGACUAACUGUUUCUGACAAUGAGUUAUAUGAAUUUUAUAAUAUCAGAUAAGAGAAUCGUGUACCUUUUAAUUAAUCUUUUUACUACAAAGAGAUAUCGUGUUAAUUUUUAUUAGAGCCACGGUGACUCUCAUAAUUUAUGAUAUUAUAAUUUGAAUAUACUUUCAAGUUGAUUAUGACUUGAAAGUAUAUUCAUUAAAAAGCUAUUCUAAUUAAAGUUGAGUUAUAGAUGGACUGGAGUACAUUUCGUCAUUUAGUGUGACGAAACUGUAUUUCAGAUCCUGCGUUACUCAGAAAAUUCAAAGUUUUAUCGUUUCUUUAUUAUCGUGCAGAAAAGCCGUUUACAAAUAAUGUUACCAAUCUCGAUUCGAAUACUUGUGCCUUUCUCGCGCAAAUUUUAAUUUUAUAAAUCUAGAUUUUAUAUA